ACAUUCAACUUGAGGUCUCCUCGUAGUGAAGUCACUGUCAUUCUAACUAAAAUGGCUUUUAAGCUGGUAAUAUUAGUGUGCGCACUCGCCGCCGCUCAAGCGGGCAUCAUCGCCCCCGCUGCUUACACGGCACACCCGGCGCCGGUCGCAUAUGCAGCUGCUCCCGUUCUGCACGCUGCUCCGGCCGCGCCCCUGGUGCACUCAGCACCCAUCGCCUACGCCGCACCUGUAGCCAAAGUUGCUUACACCGCACCCGUCGCCAAAGUAGCCGCAGUCGCGCCUGUAGCCAAGGUCGUUGAAGAAUACGAUGCGCAUCCUCAAUACAGCUUCGCGUACGACGUGCAAGACGGUCUCACUGGUGACUCCAAGACCCAACAUGAAACUCGUGAUGGAGAUGUCGUUCAAGGCUCUUAUUCCGUAGUCGAUCCCGAUGGUACUAAGCGCACUGUUGAAUAUACUGCUGACCCACACAAUGGAUUCAACGCUGUUGUACAUAAGGAGCCUGUGGCUGUUAAAGUUACCGCUCCAGUAGCCUAUGCCGCCCCCGUCGCCAAAGUCGCUGCCCCUGUCGCCUACGCCGCCCCAGUCGCUAAGCUCGCCGCCCCUGUUGCUUACGCCGCGGCACCAGUCUAUCACGCCGCCCCUGUGGCUAAAAUAGCUGCACCCGUGGCCUACUCUGCUCCUCUUAUCCACCAUUGAUAGCCAAGCUAGCCACUAGUCAUUCAAGUGAUAUUUAUU